AUGAAAAGUCAAUAAUUCUCGAGCACCUAAGAUUUAAGAGCAACGUUUACAACACUUAAAAGAUAGACAUUUUUUUAUGUAGGGGAGGGUAAUAACGGAGAAUUAGUUAGAUAAAUUCUAUCUAAGAGACCAAAUUUUUAAGAAUAGAGAACUCCUUUCAAGUAAGAGAUACAUAUAUUAGUGCUCAUUUAAUCUGGAAACAAAGCAAUAAAUAUUUUAAUUAUUUUUAAUUGGGACAACUAAAGAGUAAAAAAGUGACCAUUAAUCAUUUAGAACAUCACUAUGUCAUAACAAACAAGAAUAAUUUAUUUCACUCUCUCGAAAAUUAUUGCAAUGUAAGUUAGCAUAUGAUUCAGUAUAGAAAACUAAGAUGAAUAUGGAUGAUCUAGUUCCAAAGACAUUUAUUAUAAAUUUGGAUUCAGCACAUGUUUAAACUGACUUGAUUAAAUUUUUGGAAUAUUUUACUUAGUGUAGUAAAUAAUCUUUAAAUAUAUGGCUUAUGAAACCACCAGAUUUAAAUAGAGGGAAUGGAAUAAAAUUAUUUAAUGAUUUAGAUUAAUUUGUUGAGUUGAUGGAGAAUCUCAAUAAAAAAGCACAGACUUCAGUUAAAUAAUAAAAAUCAAUUACAUUAACAUUGGAUAAUAAAAGGAAGAUCAAAUUAUCAAUUGAUGAUUAAGAUAAAUAAAUAGUACUUUAAAAAUAUCUCGAAACUCCUUUAUUAUAUAAUUAGCGUAAAUUUGAUAUAAGAGUAUGGGUGUUAAUAGAUCAUAAAUUAAAUUAUUAUUUCUUUCGUGAAGGUUAUUUUAGAUUGGCAACAGAAAGAUUUGAUAUUAAUAAUAUUCGUAAUCUCUAUAUACAUUUGACAAAUAAUGCAAUUUAAAAACAUCAUCCAUAUUAUGGCAAAUAUGAAAUAGGUAAUUAAAUUAGUUUUAAUGAUAUGUAACGCUAUUUGAAAUUUUAAAAACCAUAAUUGAAUACAAUAAUAUAAGAAAUGAAAAGAAUAGUUAAAUUAACUAUAGAAUCUGGUUAUCAUAAAUUAAAUGAAUGCAGAAAGAAUUUUUAAUUUGAAAUUUUAGGUUAUGAUUUUAUGAUAGAUAAAAAUGGACAUGUAUGGUUAAUUGAAGUUAAUACAAAUCCAUGUAUUGAAGAGAGUAGUCCAUUACUAAAAUAAUUGAUACCAAGAAUGCUUAGUAAAUAAAUAAUAUAAAAUAGAUGAUGCAUUUAAAUUAACAAUAGACUAAAUUUAUGAAACUGAAUAAUAAACAUAGACAUACCCAGUAAAUGGAUACAAAUGUGAUGAAAAUUUAUGGGAUAAAUUAGGAAUAAUCUAAUGA